CAUUAUGGCUCGGCAUAUCCUAACGGGUGUGUCGUUGGCACUUUUAGUGCUUGUCAGUGCAACAUUUGCCGAAGAUUCAUCGAAUACGCUGCUGUCCGUCCAGUCAAGUCCCUUCCAAAGUGAUAUUGCCUACCAAUUUUACGAUGUUGGUUUGGAAUUAAGUUAUGAAUUGAGAAAUGUAACGGCCACAGUUGCAUCGUCCCGAGGCUACGACGAUGAUCAGUGUACAAGAGAUAUUGAACGUGUCUUAACUGGCAUGAAACAAUACAAUGAAUGGGCACUUAAAUUCCCCGACAGUUGGGGUCGUUUGCCCAUGGGUCUUUUGGCUGGUCACACCAUCAGUAUGGGUCAAUAUGAAGAAUGUAUUGAAAUUAACCGUCUAUUUGCCGCCGAAGAACCACUUCGUGGUCAAUACUGUUUGACCAAGGUGCCCAUUAAGAAUUGGUUCAAACAGAUUGUACAGGAUAAUCCCAGGCCACGUGCCAUCAGUUACAAGCAAAAGGAUCCCGAAACAUUUGAAUUGGGUAUUUGUGUGCCAGCUUCCUGUUCGCCAGCCAAAUCCAAUGAAAUCUUGCGUCAAGUUAUUAAGAAAUUCUACAAUCAAGAUAUUACCGAGACCAUGGUCAGCGAGAAGUUCUGUGAUAUAGAUGAACCAAUUACAUUGCGCGGUAUUGAUAUAUUUGCCAUUGUCUUCUUUUCUUUCAUCGUUUUCUGUAUGUUGGCCAGUUCUAUUUAUGAUUAUGUCAAGACCAAGAAAGGAGAACCCAAAUCUCCAUUGUACCUGUCCUUCUCGGUCCUCACCAACGCCCCCAAAAUCUUCACCGUUAAGAAAGUCAAUAACCCCAAUGUUAUCCACUGCCUUAAUGGCUUGCGUUGCUUCUCCAUGAUGUGGGUCGUUUUCGGUCAUGGUUAUAUGACUUUCUACGAUUUGCCCCAUAUCAAUAGAAAUAAAUUCUACACCUGGACCCAAACCCCCUACUCUAUGUUGGUACAAAACGCCACCCUUUGCGUCGAUACUUUCUUCUUCAUGUCCGGUUUGUUGAUGUUGUGGGGUGCUUUCCGUGAAAUGGAAAAGACCAAGGGUAAAUUGGACAUUAAGAUGAUGUACUUCCAUCGUUACAUUCGUUUGACCCCCGUCGUCGCUGUUGUUGUCUUGUACAUUAUGUCCUUGUACAAAUACUCUGGUGCUGGUCCCAUGUGGAUGAAACUCGGCACUCAAGACAAACGUUGUGAAGAAUCGUGGUGGGCUACUUUAUUGUAUGUCCAAAACUACGCUUUCCCCUACAGCAUUUGCAUCAGUCAGUCUUGGUAUUUGGCUGUCGAUACCCAGCUGUAUGUUUUGUCACCACUCUUCCUUAUUCCCCUGUGGAAAUGGGGUAAGAAAGCUGUUGCUCCCAUUGCCGUAUUCGGUGUCCUCUGUAUGGGCUGCACCUUUGCCACAUUCAUGCACAACAACUUCACUCUCUUCCGUGUCGAUGAUGAUCAAGUCGAUUUGCGUCAACGUCUUACCUAUUAUCCAACCCACACACGUAUUCCAACAUGGUUGAUGGGUGUCAUCUUCGGUUACUUCUUGUUCACCAAGAAUCGCGGCCGUCAAAUACCAAUGAAGAAGACCUAUGUUAUCAUUGGCUGGGUUUUGGCGUUGGGUGUUAUGCUUACCGAUUUGUGGGGUCCAUACUGGCGUAUUUUGCCCGAAAACCCUGAUGCUCCCAUCAUUGAAGGUGCCUUCUACGAACCAUUGUCUCGUGCCUCAUGGGCUUGCGCCAUUGGCUGGAUUGUCUGGGCCUGUUAUAACGGUCAUGGUGGCCUUAUCAAUGACUUCUUGUCCUGGGGAUUCUUUACCGGUUUGAGUCGCUUGAGCUACUGUAUGUAUGUCAUUCACAGAAUUGUCCAAUGGGUUACAGCUGGUCGUCUCCAGACCGAUACUCACUUCUCCGAUUACGAUAUGGUUCUCCGUUGGUGGCACGAUUUCGGUAUCACCUUGGUUGCUUCCGUCUUUGCCACUUUGGCCUUUGAAUCGCCUAUUUUGGGUAUUGAAAAGGCCAUCUUCCGUCGUGGUGAUGCCAAGCCCGCCCCCAAGAAAAUCGAACCCACAACCACAGUUGCUCCUGAACCAGCUACUGCUGAAACCACACCUGCCGAAACUGUUGCCAAGGCUUAAGUUUAAUCUAUAGUCCUUCAUCU